AUGGAGUCUACGAACACAAUCUCAAUCUAUCUACACGACCUAAUCCAAAAAGGCGAAAGUGAAAUAGUAACGCAUUUAGGAUCAUCUAACGUUCGCUUGAAGCCACAUGACUUCACGCCUAGUCAUCUCUCUGAACUCCUUCUUGCUCAACAAGUUACUUAUCCUCGAGAAUUAGGUCAAUACAUCGCUCAUCGAAUCAAUCAUUCACUUGAUAAUGAUAAUUCUCUUGGAGAACCUGUUUUCGUAUCCGUUAGUGUCAAUUUCAUCACAGUGAGGCGUUUUGUUUUGAUUCACACUUGGUCGGGAGGUGCUUCUUUUGAAGUUUUAAAGAGCUUAGUGAAAGAACAGACAGUGGAAUCUAUGGAUUUGGAAGAAAGAAACUGA